CGUUGUUCAGGGUCACACAGUUUGAGCCUUGCUAUCAUAGUUUGCUGGCUAACGCAAGCUGUAGAGGACCACAGCGAUAACACUGUUGAUCUUGACGCUAUGAGAUCAGCAGCGACAAUUAUAACCCUGUUUUAAUCCGCCGCAGCCAAUGGAUCCGGGGGGCGGACGGGACUCGCUAGGGGAGUUGGCUGCCUGCGAGGGAUCCGAUUGGGCCGCUUAAAAAGGACACGCACGCGCUGCCUGCUUUCCGCUACAAUCUCCGCCUCACAGAAAUAGAAAGGUCCAGCAGGAAGAGCGAGUCUAAUAGGAGGAAAAUAAUAAGACAAUCUUCUCCAAGUGAUAGCGGCUCUUUUAUUAGCAGGACUAACUGUUUACCUUCCCAUCAAUCCACCGAGCCCGGGGGGUAAAUAGUUAGCUUUAAUCUGAUUCAGAGCUAGCCAAUUUUUAAAAAUUCGUGGCGAAUUACAUAUUCCUAUAAUUUAAACCAAUAGUAAAUCUUCCAAUCUGUGCAUUUUCUAAAGUAAUGGCCCUGGACUUCGCUGCUGGAUGCAUUGGAGGUGCUGCUGGCGUUUUGGUCGGGCAUCCAUUCGAUACUGUAAAGGUGGGUGUUUGCUAAUUCCUCUUUACUUUUAAUCUUGUUAGGCAAUAAUAGGGUUAAUUAACACAGUUGGUGUUUCAGUGUUAAGCCAGAACAACUUAUGUUUCUAAUUAUAAAGCUAUGUAAACCCAGUGUGAAUAUUUUUUGGCUGAUAAUACUUGACAAACUAAGAACUUAAAAACUUUCUUUGCAUGUUUAUCAUUAAAUGCGUUUAACUAGAAAGGUGCUAAAAAAUGAAAAGUUUACAUAAAGUAGCAAUAACUGCUUAUUGAGAGGAAGGCCUCUGAAAGACUGGCUUCAUUUAAAGGAAUAAGACUCCCUAAUCGAAUGGAACCUUUCUUUUUUUUAAGUACAAAAGUUACCAAGUUACUAAACUUAAGUUUUUAAGUACAAAAUGUUCUGUUUUUUAACUAAAAUAAAAAAGGCCUUAACAUUCUAUCACUGAUAGUCUGGAGUUUUUUUCUUGAAGCCACUAGCUUCUUAAGCAAUCCAGAGUCACAUAUGUCUGUUCGAAAAAUCCUGGCAAGGUGAGAAAGCUUCAUAUGAAGGCAAAUGUGUUAGUGACUUAGUUUGAGCUUGUUUAAAGGAACACGAAGAUGGUGAAUGGCUUUUUUUUGGUUGUAGUUCUCUUUACACCUUGCUUUUGAUGUCAUUUCUCCCUGAGCCGGCGUCUGCUUGGGGCUCGGGGCGGCUGUCUUUAACAGCUACAGUGUCACUGUGUUGUAGAUGAGAGAGAGAAAUAAACAACCUCUCCACGGAAAUGUGACCUAGUGCGGCUUCAGGUACAAAAUGUGGACAAACCUCUUUACCGUGGGACGUUUCACUGCUUUCAGUCAAUUGUACGCCAGGAGUCGAUGCUUGGUCUGUAUAAAGGCAUCGGUUCUCCAAUGAUGGGCCUGACUUUCAUCAAUGCGAUAGUCUUUGGCGUCCAAGGCAACGCUAUGCGGCAUCUUGGCAACGACACGCCUCUCAACCAGUUCCUGGCUGGAGCUGCCGCUGGAGCAAUCCAGUGUGUAAUCUGCUGCCCAAUGGAGCUGGCCAAGACGCGCAUGCAGAUGCAGGGAACCGGGGAGAAAAAGUCAAAGAAGAAGAUGUACAAAAACUCCCUGGACUGCCUGGUGAGAAUCUAUAAGAGGGAAGGGUUCAGGGGGAUCAACCGCGGCAUGGUGACCACCCUGGUGCGUGAGACGCCGGGCUUCGGCGUGUACUUCCUGGCGUACGACGUGUUGACGCGUUCACUGGGGUGUGAGCCAGAAGACCCUUACAUGAUCCCAAAGCUGCUCUUUGCUGGUGGAAUGUCCGGCAUCGCCUCCUGGCUCUCCACCUAUCCGGUGGACGUGAUCAAGUCGCGUCUGCAGGCUGACGGAGUCGGGGGCGUCAACAAAUACAGCAGCAUCAUGGACUGCGUCAGGCAGAGCGUGCAGAAGGAGGGCUACAGGGUCUUCACCCGCGGGCUCACGUCCACGCUGCUCCGUGCGUUUCCGGUGAACGCAACAACGUUCGCCACAGUGACUCUGUUUUUAAUGUACAUGCGACGGGAGGAGGAAUGCAGCAUGCCGACAUCAGAGCCGCAGCCUGUGCAGCUGCAGCCUCUGCAGCAGCAGACGCAGCCCACCAGCAUGUAGAGGCAGGCAGGUUUGUGGUCAGUUAGCUGUUCAUAAUGACUAUAGACAGCUGACUGCUGAUGAGCCACCUGUUCAGGUGAGGACCCAUCCAUCCGUGGUAUUUAAAUAAACUUUUUUUUUUUUUUACUAAAAGCUGCAUUUGUAUAUAAAUGGAUUCUUUUUAACACGUGCUUUUGUACAAAGAGCAAGUUCUCAAAACAUUAGAAAACUGUACUGUGACUGUGAUGAUUACCAACAUGUAUGGUUUAAAAAUAAGUGUUUAGGUCAGAAUGGAGUCAUACCUGUUAGAAGGUAUCCCGGUUAGCAGUUGCACAUGCUGAAUUGUGCAUUCAAAUACUUGGUAGCCAAAAAAGUAACAGUUAUGCAUCCAAAUCAGUGCAGCUCUGUUCUUUUUUUAUAGCAGUAAAAUUUUACUAAAACAUGUUAAAUCUAGGGCUGAAACAAUUAAUCGAUUGAACUAAAUUUCAACUAAUUCAGUAAUAGGGUAAUCGUUGACUGGGGUAUAGAGACUAUAAAUCAUGCCUUUAGCUGACAGAUAAAAACCCACUUAGAGCAGAAGUUAUAUUAAAAUUGUAAAAAAUAUAUAUAUAUAUAUUUUGCAUUCAAGAUAAAAAAUAAUAAUUUUCACCUGUUAAUGUGCUCCAUCCACAAGUGGA